UUGGGCUCGGCAGGGAGAUCCUGGUGGAGGAGAGCAACGUGCAGCGCGUGGACGCGCCCGUGACCGUGUGCGGCGACAUCCACGGGCAGUUCUACGACCUCAAGGAGCUCUUCAGGGUGGGCGGGGACGUCCCAGAGACCAAUUACCUGUUCAUGGGCGACUUCGUCGACCGCGGCUUCUACAGCGUGGAGACCUUCCUGCUGCUGCUGGCCCUAAAGGUGAGGUACCCGGACCGGAUCACGCUGAUCCGGGGGAACCACGAGUCGCGGCAGAUCACGCAGGUGUACGGCUUCUACGACGAGUGCCUGCGCAAGUACGGCUCGGUCACCGUGUGGCGCUACUGCACCGAGAUCUUCGACUACCUGAGCCUGUCGGCCAUCAUCGACGGCAAGAUUUUCUGCGUGCACGGCGGCCUCUCCCCGUCCAUCCAGACCCUGGACCAGAUCCGCACCAUCGACCGCAAGCAGGAGGUGCCGCACGACGGCCCCAUGUGCGACCUGCUCUGGUCCGACCCCGAAGACACCACGGGCUGGGGCGUGUCCCCCCGAGGGGCGGGUUACCUGUUCGGCUCCGACGUGGUGGCGCAGUUCAACGCGGCCAACGAGGUGUCCAUGAUCUGCCGCGCCCACCAGCUCGUCAUGGAGGGCUACAAGUGGCACUUCGGGGAGACCGUGCUCACCGUCUGGUCGGCGCCCAAUUACUGCUACCGGUGCGGGAACGUGGCGGCCAUCUUGGAGCUGGACGAGCACCUGCAGAAGGAGUUCAUCAUCUUCGAGGCGGCGCCGCAGGAGACGCGCGGGAUCCCCGCCAAGAAACCCGUGGCGGAUUACUUCCUGUGACACACCUGGGCACACCUGGGCACACCUGGGAUAGACCUGGGAUAGACCUGGGCACACCUGGGAUACACCUGGGCACACCUGGGAUAGACCUGGGAUAGUCCUGAGAUACACCUGGGCACACCUGGGAUAGACCUGGGCACACCUGGGAUACACCGGGGAUAGACCUGGGCACACCUGGGAUAGACCUGGGCACACCUGGGCACACCUGGGAUACACCGGGGAUAGACCUGGGGGCACCUGGGCACACCUGGGGGUACACCUGGGAUAGACCUGGGCACACCUUGGGCCCCUGGGCACACCUGGGAUAGACCUGGGCACACCUGAGCACACCUGGGGACACCUGGGGGCACCUGGGAUACACCUGGGAUACACCUGGGAUAGACCUGGGAUAGACCUGGGGGUACUUGGGCACACCUGGGCACACCUGGGCACACCUGGGGACACUUGGGGACACCUGGGAUAGACCUGGGCACACCUGGGUGCACCUGGGAUACA